GGAGGGGGGCUCUCCUGGGCCACAUCGCCACAAUUUACUCCACUACAGCAGCUGCUCAAGCCAAGUCCAGUAAUCACUACUUACCAGCCACUCGGAGCCACAAGCAUGCCAGCAGAAACAGGCUCCAGGACCUGCGCAUGAGGCCAACUCGCUCAGCCCACGUCAAUCAAGUCCACUCAGAACGAGCCUGA